GUCGGGCGGCGCGGGACCGGGAGGCGGGCGGUGAGCGGCAAGGCGGGCGCUGCGGGAUGCGCUCCCCCCGCCACCGCCGCCGCGGGGGCACCUGGCAGCCCCCAGCGCCCGUGCCCAGGAUGCUGGCGCUGUGCCUGCUGUCCCUGGCCUGGCUCAGUGAGGGCUCCCAGCGCAGUGAGCCCAUGUUCACCUCCGUCACCCACCGACUGCUCCCACCUGACUACGACAGCAACCCCACACAGCUCAACUACGGCGUGGCUGUCACCGACCUGGAUGCUGACGGCAACUUCGAGAUUGUGGUGGCAGGAUACAACGGCCCCAACCUGGUGCUCAAGUAUGACAAGGCACGGGGACGGCUGGUCAAUAUGGCAGAAGAUGAGCGCAGCUCUCCUUAUUAUGCACUGAGGGACCGGGCGGGCAAUGCCAUCGGUGUGACAGCAUGUGACAUCGAUGGGGAUGGCCGAGAGGAAAUCUACUUCCUCAACACCAACAACGCCUUCUCUGGCAUGGCCACCUACACGGAUAAGCUCUUCAAGCUCCGCCAUGGGCGCUGGGAGGACCUGCUGAGCGACGAAGUGAACCGUGAUGUGGCCAGCCGCUUCGCUGGGCGCUCCGUCGCCUGUGUGGACCGCAUGGGCUCAGGCAGGUACUCCAUCUACAUCGCCAACUACGCCAGCGGCAAGGUGGGCCCACACGCCCUGCUGGAGAUGGACGUGGCUGCUAGUGACCCUGCCCGUGGCAUCGUGGUGCUGGUGGACGUGGCCGCCCAAGCUGGUGUCAGCAAAUACACAGGGGGCCGUGGUGUGGCUGUAGGUCCCAUCCUGAGUGACAGUGCUUCUGACAUCUUCUGCGGGAACGAGAACAGCCCCAACUUCCUCUUCAACAACCGUGGGGAUGGGACAUACCGGGACGUGGCAGCUGCGGUGGGGCUGGAUGACCCCUACCAGCAUGGACGUGGCGUGGCAUUGGCUGACUUCAACCGAGAUGGUCGUGUGGACAUUGUUUAUGGCAACUGGAAUGGGCCGCACCGCCUCUACCUUCAGGCAGGGGCCCCUGGGCGUGUCCGAUUUCGGGACAUCGCCACUCCCAAGUUCUCCAUGCCGUCCCCCGUCCGCACUGUUAUCGCUGCUGACUUUGACAAUGACCAGGAGCUGGAGGUCUUCUUCAACAAUAUUGCCUACCGUGGCUCCUCCGCUAACCGCCUGUUCCGGCUCAUCCGCAGGGAGCACUCAGAUCCCAUCAUAGAAGAGCUGAACCCUGGGGAUGCACUGGAGCCUGAGGGCCGGGGCACUGGGGGUGUGGUGACAGAUUUUGAUGGCGAUGGGAUGCUGGAUCUGAUCCUAUCCCAUGGCGAGUCCAUGGCACAGCCACUCUCCAUCUUCAAGAGCGCCCAGGGUGUUGGCAACAACUGGCUGCGGGUCGUGCCACGUACCCGCUUUGGGGCCUUUGCACGAGGGGCCAAGGUGGUGCUGUUCACACGGCGCAGCGGUGCCCACCUGCGCAUCAUCGAUGGCGGCUCAGGGUACCUGUGUGAGAUGGAACCCGUGGCUCACUUUGGAUUGGGGCGUGAUGAAGCCAGCAGCUUGGAGGUGACGUGGCCCGACGGCCGUGUCCUGGUGCGAGCAGUGGCCAGCAGCGAAACCAACUCUGUCCUGGAGGUCCCCUACCCCCAAGACACAGAGAAGCCAACGGUGCCCACCCUGCUGGAGACACCAACGAGUGUGCUGAGUUCCCCUUUGUCUGUCCCCGGGAGAAGCCCAUCUGCAUCAACACCUAUGGCGGGUACCGCUGCCGCAGCAACAAGCGCUGUGCCCGUGGCUUCGAGCCCAAUGAGGAUGGCACAGCAUGUGUGGCUCAGCCUUGGUGAAGGAGCGGCCAGUCUCUGCCCGUCUUCUUCUCUCUCCCCAUGUGGAACUACCCUGGACGGGCAAGGGACCACAGCACCAUCCAAACACUGCAGCCCGGGACUGAAGCCCCAGCACUCCCCCCGUAUCGCUGGCUCCAUCACCUCGAUCCUGUGCCAUGUGCCUGCUGGUUUGGCCUGAGCCACGUGUGCUUCGCAAGUCCCCUCUUCCCUGGGGGGGGGGUAACCCCCAGCAGAGGAGGCUCCCCCCAGCCCAGCAGGGGAAAGUCCCCCUGGUUUGUUUUUUAACUUCUUGACCCUGCUGUUUGAAGUUGGACCCUGCUCAGUCUUCCAGCCUAUCUCCUGGAGAACCUUCCCAAUAAACUAUACACUGUCUGUU